AGGGCCAAGACGGUGUGGGAAGCCAGAGGAUUGCCACAGGAAAGUAAACCUAAGCGGAGUUGGAUAACAUCAACCAUUGAGAGCAGCCCAUUACGCAUCCUCCCGCCGACCCAACCACCCCGAGCCUUAGCACGUUCUCGUGUAACUUUGUUCAAGUGUAAGAUAUUUUCGGCAGCGAGCGCAAGGAGUAAAAAACAGAUUGGGAUAGAGCGAGCAAAACCACAGGGAGCGAUGGCGAGCUUAUCCACCAUUUUCUCCGUCACCAGAUCUUCUACGACCAGCGGCUCUCCAUCUCCCGCGAAGAAAACUGCUAGGAGAGUCAAGGGUCGAAAUAGAAACUUGCGAGAGCAGCGUUCAGACAAGCCCUCGGUCAUCCAAAUCGAGCGCGCCAUCGGAGCCGGGUCGUAUCGAGACUCCGAAAGCGGGGAGAAGGAGGGGAGGAAUACGGUGUUGGAUGGGAUAUUGAUGGGAAAUGCUAACAAGUUCGAAAGCCCCCUCGAGAAGAAGCUCCGUGAGUUGAGCGAAGCUUUCGUUGCUCGCACCGAGUCUCGGUUCCGUUCCAACGUGUCGCUGCUCGUCGCCUGUGGAGUUGUAAAACUUCCCUUUAGCCUCCCUUUUCUCGACGAUUUGAUCAUGUGACACGCUCGCCGCUCUAUAUGUACAUGUAUAUCUACGCUUAUACUAUGGUGGGUUAAUGUUGUUUUGUAUUCAGCAUCUCAUGUCUUAUAUGUGCGUGUAUGAUGAGAUGUUAAGAAAACUUGGAUUGGAGGACAGAGUGGCAGGUGACCAACCAUAUGUAUCUGAUAAGACAAUGCAAUGCAGCAUUCUCUCACUUGGGUAUGCUAUUACUUAACCAA